CUUUGGCAGAUAGUGUAGAAGAUAUUAAAGGUCCCUUAUUGUGAACAUCUAUUUUUACUGUGCUUUGAGCUUAAACAUUGUGCUGUAAAGUAAAAUAGUUAAAAUAGCAGUUAAAAUAUAAAGAGGUGUUUAUUUCUGCCAUUCUUUAAGAUUUACCCAUAAGUAAAUAGAUUCCCAGCUUUGCAAACAAGUGAGAAAGUGACCUAAGUGCUGCGUACCAUGAACCAAUAGUUUUCUAGCUCAAAUUUUGCAUAAUCCCUGUUGCACCGGGUGAACUAUUCAGAAACAGGAGCUGCCUCACAGUCUAACAGUUUUAUUUAGUUUCCAGAGCUGCUUCUGCUAACAUCUAAAAUGUCUUAGCUUGUAAAACACACCAAAUGUUCUGAUGUUGGCUGCAAAAGUGAAUGCAAGAGUCUUCAUGCACUUAUAGCAUCUGAGAAACUGAAGUCCCAGUGCAUUACUGUUGUGUGUUUUUUUGUUUGUUGUUUUGUUGUAGUUUAUUUUGGAUGGCGAUGUCCAGGUGUAUGUUACCUGUACAAUGUCAGCAUGUUGUAUGGGUAAUGUGGCUAACACUAGCAUUAGCUGUGAUCAUAAGGCCACAGAUCAGACUUCUGUGGAAACUAUCAAGUUAAGAGACAUUCAAAGGUGGAUUUAUUUGCAGCCAACAAACAAGGACUGGUUGGGUUACUGUGCUGUCAUGUGACCUGUUGUGCUUCAGUACAUGCAUCAUUUAUAAUGCAGUUGAAUUCCCAGUAAAGCUGUUCUCAUUUGGAAGAGUUUCUGUUUCUGUUGUCAGACAUGGGACUAACAUAAAAUAGCCUAUUAAGACAACAUGUUAACUAGCAGUCACCUCAGAGCAACUUGCAAGCUGAAAAACUCAACAAACCCAAGUUAAAAACAACAGCUGUGCCUUGAAUUUAGCGAUAUUUCAAUUUCAAAUGACUACUCAGACAAUACGGUUUUACACUGUCACAGAAACAGAGACAGUUUUCUUCCUGAAGGGGGCGUGGACACCAGUAGCUUAGCUGCAUGUAAAGCUACGAAUGCUGAAACAGCCGGUUUAGAACAGAAUUAAAACUAGAGGUUAUACAGUUAUAAGUAAGUAAACCAUCUUUGCAACGUUUUGAGGUGACAAACUGAAAGAAACAGUCUGCGAACUUUGAUUUGAUUUUUUUUUUUUUUUUAAAGGGGGGGAACAAUAUGGCACCUUUAGUGUAUUUUCUGUAUUUUAUACUAACAGGAAAUGAUACAAGAUUUGCAACAGCACAAUUUGGGAACAGUACUGCCAAUUUUAAAAUAAAAAAAAAUUAACAAAAAGCACUGUUCAUUUAGACAAUUUUUUGUACAUUAUUUUUGUUCUCGAUUCCACAAAAGUGACUCCUCCGCUUUCUUUGUGCAUUGUGUUUUCACCACAACAAACAAUAGACAUUUUCACAGCAGUUUGACUGAAAAAAAAGGGCACAAAUGUAACUAAUCAUCACAUCAAUGAUGCCUCAGUCCCAGAGAGUCUGUUCAGCAAGUUAAAAUGCAAAAUAUGGUCUGAUAAUCAGAACGAACAGAUAUGUUUUCAGUGCAGAUAUUUUUACUUGUCAUAGUAGGGAAAGAACAGGUAGUACUCAUAAUAACAGGAUGUUCUCUCAAUGGAAUCAUUGAAGCUGCUUUUCUAGAAUAGAAUAGAAUAGAAUAGAAUAGAAUAGAAUAGCUUUGUUGUCAUCAUACAUGGGAGCAUGACGCAAAUAUAAGUAGCAGCCACUGGAUGAUGCAUUGAAAACAAGCUAAAUUAACACCAAUAAAUAAUAAAAUCAAAUGUAGAUAUAAAACUAGACUACAUUAAUAAUUACAACAUAUGCAAAAAAGGCAAGAUAUACAUAAUAAUGUGUGGGAGGUAAAUGAAUUCAAAUAAAAAUCUAUAAAAUAGAAUAAAUAUGGGCAGGAGAAUGCAUGACUAUAAGAAAUUACAAUAUCAAAUGUCAAGAAGAAAUCUCCAACUGUGUUUAUUUUGUCACUUUUGAGUGAGGGUUAUCGCUCUACACUCAGAGUAUUCACUGAAUGGUGAUUAAACAGGGGCGAAAAACACUGAACUGAUUUUGCCACCAGGUGUCCGUCUCUCCUCUUUCGAACACCUGACAGCUAAGAAUAUUUUCUCAAAGUCAUUUCUUGCCUCUGUUUUCCUGAGACUAACACACACCUUUUGUCCUACUCACGAUCGUCUCCCUCCCACCUUCAAAUGCUGCUGUCAGCAUGUGAAGUAGCUGAUAUUCAGUGUGUGAGGAGCUUCUGUGGUCUCUGUGCUGGUCCUGAUCAUGGAGUUUUCUCUCUACCUCCUGACUCUGCUGCUUCUCUUUCCUCAGUGCACAGCUCAGUGGUGUUACCAGAGCCAGUACUCCUGUGAUGACACAUGCAGAGACCCCAGCCGCUGGGCAGCUCAGUUUCCCAGCUGUGGAGGAUUACGUCAGUCACCUAUUAACAUCGUCACCAGCAAAGUGCACAUCAACAGCGCCCUGCCACCCUUCGACUUCAUCGGUCACACCAACGCCAUCAACAUUACAGUGGAAAACAAAGGACACUCUGCUCACUUUGCUCUGCCUCAGUCGGUCCGGCUGACUGGAGGAGCUCUGCCGGGUCACUACAGAGCCGCCCAGUUCCACUUCCACUGGGGAGGAAACGGGAGACCAGGAUCAGAGCACACCAUUGAUGGAGAGAGAUUUCCCAUGGAGCUGCACAUCGUCCACAUCAAGGAGCCUUACGGUUCUCUGGCUGAGGCAGAACAUGACCUGGCAGGUAUAGCUCUGCUGGCCUUCCUGUUUGAGGAAACAACAGAUGAUCAUCCUCAGUUGGACGCAGUAAUAGCAGCGCUGGGCCGAGUGCAAAACAACGGCAGCAGGACAGUGAUCCCAAACUUUCGACUCAGCAACAUCAUUCCAGCUGCAAAGGAGCUUCACAGUUAUUACCGCUACGUGGGUUCCAUGACGACUCCAGGAUGUGAGCAGGCGGUUGCAUGGACGGUGUUUCACAGGACGUUGUCCAUCAGCAGUCGACAGCUGGAUGCAGUAGUUAAACAGUGUCGAUUCUGGACCGGACAGCCCAUGACCGACAUCUUCAGACCCACACAGCCUCUGGAUGGCAGAGUCGUUUACUGUUCCAAAGCAGCUGCAGCUCUACCAGGUGUGAGCCUCUUAUGGUUUGGUAUUUUCUCAGCUGUACUCGGAACUGCAGGUCUGAUUCACUGACUCAGUUCAUGACAAAACUCGAUUUAUGCAACAAAAGCUCCUGAAUGUUUAAAGGCGACUUCUAUAAACUUUAGCAUAUUUGCAGAAGCGUCACAGUGGGAAACUAUUUUCUGAGUUACCUUUGAUCGUGUCAGUUCACUGCACAAACACAACCUCUGCAUAUAGUUAAUGUUACAUUCUCUGUAGAUUAAUGUUUUACAGCCACAAUGACGUCGACCCAUCAGUGGCCAUAAUUACAGAAACAGCUGCUUAAAACAACUUCAGCAGCAAUCAGUGAGAGCAGCUCUGCAACUUAUCUAAUUACAGAGAUAAUGAUCUAUUGCACAAUAUAAAAUAACUUUGCUGACAUUCUUACUUCAAAUUUAGCACAUCGAAAUAGCAACUUCUCCACUGACAUCCUCACCAGUUUCAGCUGUACCAGCUUGUGUUCAGUGCUAGUCAGCAUACUAACAUGUUGCGAUGUUGAACAUGCUAACAUUAUUCUUGCUAAAUAUCAGCACAUUAACUUUCUUUUUAUAUGUUAUCAUGCUGAUGCUAGCAUUUAGCACUAGGAGCCAGAAUAUAGCCGCACACAGCUGUAGACUCAUAUCUUGUUGCUCCAACACGGACUCUUAUCAUUUCUGAAUUAAAAUUAGUUUCUGCAGUGUGUUAGGAGUAGACAUCUUUACCUCAGCAAGCCUUCGUGUCAGUUUUUCUUAUUUUUCUUCUAAUUAGUGGUCAAUAUUUUACUUUCAUACAUUACUGCUUUAUAUUAACUCUAAUCUGCUUUUUCAUAGACGUAAGACACCAUUAGUGAAGAAUAAAAAUGUAGUCUUAGGGGUUUAGAAUAAGAUUUUCCCUUCUUUUAAUAAGCUGGGGGUUCUACCACUUUGUCUUUACUUGAUAUGUAUAUUGUUCUCUGUGUUGGUCAGACGUCUAAGUUAAGUUUCGGGUAACUAAGGCAUGCCCUAAAUAUACUGUACAUUUGUUUAUUUGUGGGAAAACCAAAUGGAUUCUAAACGUAUGUAAAACAAUGUAACAACUUCUUCUCUACUUAUGCUAACGAUAUGAUUAUCGUUUAUUGCUUAAUGCAUUGAUUUGUAUAUAUUCUACAUGUAUGGAAUUAUAACAAAAUUAAAAAUUAAAAACAAUACAUAGACAGUACAAACCAAAUGGAUUUAUCUGAACCCUUGUAGGAUUAUGAUAUUAUUUGGCAUUAGGAAUGCUCUGAUUUGGCUUUUAAUGGAUCGUACCAUUAGAAUUUGAAACAUGACCAAUGAUUUUGUUUUGGAUUUUUUACAUAAAGCUUCUGUAUGAACACCUAUAAAGAUGUUGCACUUUUGCAUCUAAAUGUUACCCAUAGAAAUGAAUGUGCCUUGCCAAACCUUCACUGUUCCCGCCCCAAGACAUACAGUAUGUGUGUCUUUUUUGUGUGAGGAAGACAACAUGUGACUGUAAAUGGACACUGAUAGAAUAUAUCUUAUCAUUAAGUUUAGACAGCUACCAUCCACACAUAUUUUACUGCUCAAGCUGUAACUUUGGGCCGAUAAAGUAACAUUAAACAUUUUCCUGACUUUGA